GAUUGUUUAUUUCCCACGGGGCGGGGGACAGUUUUGUGUGAAAGAAAGACUGGAGGUCCCUAUAAACCCAGGAAUCUAAACGUAACCCAAUUGGACGUUGCAGCGAGCCAUCACCAUGGCAAAUCUGGGUUCCAGCAGCCAAGCGGUGACUGAGUACACUGUCCGUGUUCCCAAGAACAACGCCAAGAAGCACAACAUCAUGGCGUUCAACUCUGCUGAUAAAAUCAACUUCACCACAUGGACUCAGGCUAAAAUGGAGCGUGAUCUAAGUAACAAGAAGAUCUACCAGGAAGAGGAGCAGCCAGUGUUUGGUGCUGGCAGUGAGUUUGGCAAAAAACUGCGAGAGGAGUCAAGAAAGAAGAAGUUUGGGAUUGUGACACGAGAGUUUAAGCCAGAAGACCAGCCGUGGCUGCUGAGAGUUAACGGGAAGGCAGGUCGGAAGUUCAAGGGUCAGCGGAAAGGUGGGGUUACUGAGAAUGCCUCGUACUACAUCUUCACGCAAUGCCCAGACGGGGCGUUUGAGGCGUUUCCAGUUAACGCCUGGUAUAAUUUUGUCCCAGUGGCAAAACACAGGACUCUGACUGCAGAGGAGGCAGAGGAAGAGUGGGGAAGGCGUAACAAGGUGGUGAAUCACUUCAGCAUCAUGUUGCAGAAGCGGCUGAAGGAGCAGGACCGCGAUGAUGGGGACGACGAUGAGGAGAAGGUGAAGAAAGGCAAAGAUAAAAAGAAAAAAGGAAGCGACCUGCGGAUCCACGAACUGGAAGACGACCUGGAAAUGAGCACGGAUGAUAGCGACGGGGAGAGUGGCGACGAUAGUGAUACUAAAAAGGACCCGAAGACCAAGAAGAAAGGGAAAGCUGCGCUGAAGAAAAAGAAGAAGAAAGGCUCUGAUGACGAGGCAUUUGAGGACAGCGAUGAUGGUGAUUUUGAGGGCCAGGAGGUGGAUUACAUCUCCGACGAUGACUCCAGUGAUAACAACGAAAUGGAGAUAGAAAAGGCGAAGCCCAAUAAAGAAGAGGAUGGGCCGAAAGGAAUUGACGAAGAUUCGGAGAGCAGCGAGGAGAGCGAAGAGGAGAAGCCGGCGGAAGAGAAAGAGGAGGAGGACGAUGAGAAGAAAUCCACGGGCCCCGAGAGAAAAGAAAAGAAGAAGAAAGACAGCAGUGAGGAGUCGGAAUCGUCAGAUGAAAGUGACAUUGAGUCGGAAGCCGCCUCUGCUCUCUUCAUGCUGAAAAAGAAAACGCCUCCGAAGAAAGACUGGAGAGGCUCGAAUAACAGCUCGCGUGGGAAUAGUCGCCCUGGCACGCCCACGCCGCAGAUCAGCACCUCGAAUACACUCAGAGCAGCCGCCAGCAAGCUGGAACAAGGGAAACGACAGGCCGGCUCCGCCGAAACCCCCGCGGCCAAACGGCUGAAAAUGGACGCAGGAGCGCAGUCGGCGUCUGGUAAAUCCACGCCUCAGCCGCAGUCCGGCAAAUCCACACCGAGCAGCAGUGAUAUCCAGCUGACAGAAGAGGCAGUGCGUCGAUACCUGACCCGCAAACCUAUGACCACCAAGGACCUACUGAAGAAGUUCCAGACAAAGAAGACGGGGCUGAGCAGCGAACAGACUGUUAAUGUGCUGGCACAGAUCCUGAAGAAACUCAACCCCGAGCGCAAGAUGAUCAAUGACAAGAUGCACUUCUUCCUGAAGGAAGUCAACUGAGGGCUUGGCCGGCGAGUGUGUAGGUAGCUGUCUGACUCUGUCCUGCCUGAGUAAGGGAUGAUCCCAGAGCAGUCUGUCUCUGUAUAUAAUUGUGGUUCACGUAUUUUUACCUUUCACACUCUUGGCCUGGAUCAAGGGCUGAGGGUGGGAGGCUUCACCUGAAGUGACUGCCCCAGCUGGGAAUGGUGGGUGUAUGUCUGGUGUGGCCAGGGUGUGAGAAGUGGGAGCAGCCCCCCCCCCCCCCCCCCCCCCCGAUGCAGGAGGCAGUUGUCUCCGGACCGAAGAGAGACCUGCCUCAGGUAAUUGAAGCUGUGACACUUCCCCCCCCCCCCCCCCCCCCCCUCAACCCAACCAGGGAACAGCUUUUAGUGGGAGCGCCAUAGGGUGGGCCCUGGAUUCACGGGGAAAGGCAACACGUCUAGAAUUGGGACCAAGAUACAUAACGACAAUGCUGUCUGUACACAAGAGCUUUUAAACUUGCAGACAGAGGUGGCCACUGCCUCUAUAAACUGUAGAAUUAACAACAAGAAGUCCCUUCUCGGCAGCGCCACUCACCACUUCCCCUUGUGCUCCCCAGUGCCAGCACUGGUCCACAAAGGUGAUCACAGUCACGGUGGACUUGCCCAAGGAAAGGAGCCAGGACUGAGAACUCCAUCUUGACUGGGGCCUGUGCAAAGGGUCAGGACACAACAGGACUGAUCCACUGGGACUCUGGUGGCUGGGAGUGAGGGCAAAAUGUAACGCAGGGAUCGAGUCUCCACCCAGUGUCGCAGUGCCUUGCUCUUCGUCAGAGCACAAGGAACCGCAGAUGCUGGUUUGCAAAAAACACACAAAGUGCUGGAGUAACUCAGCGGGUCAGGCAGCAUCCCUGGAGGGAAUGGUUAUGCCACGUUUCGGAUCAGGCCCCUACAGAUGGAGAAAGUUUGGAGAAACGUAGCUUACUAGGUGUGUGUGGCAGAGAUGUGGCACUUUGUGUGGUGUUUUUGCUCUGAAUUGAUGAGGUUGUAAUUUACAGUUCAUUCUUGAGGCAGGACCGACCCAUCCUCUAAUAAAAUGGCCAAUGGUUUUCAUCCCA